AUGAUCCCUAGGUGCGGCGUUUCAGACCAUGGUGUUAUUUUGGCCCUAAGACGAUUUGGUGAUGAUAGAUUCUUCCCUGGCAAACCCAAGUGGAACAAGAACCAUCUUCGAUAUAAGUUCGGACCCAAGAGCCGCCCUCCCGCCGGGUUGAAGGAAGCCACCAUCAAGGCGGCCGUCGAUAAGGCGUUCCAGAGCUGGAAGAAUGUAACAAAUUUCACGUUCGAGUAUGUUGCCAGCAGGACCGCUGAGGCUGAAGUAGAGAUUUCAUUUUAUUCUCGAGACCACGGAGACAAUCCUCCAUUCGAUGGGCCUAAUGGGACUUUGGCCCAUGCGUUUGCUCCCCGUGCUGGACUUAUCCAUUAUGACGCAGAUGAGAAAUGGAGCGAUGACCCAAGCCCAAUGGAAGUAGAUCUGGAAUCUCUUGGACUGCAUGAGAUUGGACAUGCAUUAGGGCUUCUUCACAGCUACUAUUAUGCAGCGGUCAUGUACCCUUACUUUGGACCCGGGCAAGUUAAGCGGGAAUUACAGAGGAUCGAGAUCGAGGCCAUCCGUGACCUCUACAACUUGCCUUCAAAGUAA